GCCAUCUUGCAGCAUGUGGGCCAUAGAGUCUGUCUAAAAUACAGCACAGAGCCCUUACUUCUACAUGAGUCUAGCUACCACACAAAAUCUGUGUAAGACAGAAGACUGAGAUACCUUCACUCAGAAGACAAUCUUAGAGGUGUCUACAUGAGAGGUACGAUGGGAAAAAGCUGACAGAGGAGGAGAUCCAUGUGUAAAUGUUCAAUGAGCAUCUCUUAAAAUUGCUGUCUGAGUCACACAUGCUCCUUUUAGUGUGAAGCAUGGGUUUUCACGAGGUUCAACACUCAAGCUUGCCUCUCCAUUCACACCUGGAGGUGACACGCAGGAGAUGAGAGUUAAUGGACUACUUGAAGAGGACAGUGGAUAUCAUGCUUUGCUUUCUUUUUCUUGUUUUCCUCCAGUUUUUAAGCUGUGAUGUUGUAACAACCAGAGCCAAUGAGGACCCAUUUUGAUCCACAAGCUAUGUUUAUCUAAAAAAGUGUAAAAAAAAAAAAACCUGGAUAUUUGUGUGGCUGAUCAAGUAUUGCUGAAAGUUCUUUGGAUGAGUGUGCCGGCAAGAUGAGUGUGCCGGCAAACUGUGGAUUCUCCUUCUCAGCUGAUCGGGCAUUAAAGCCACGGAACUGGAAUUUGUAUGGAUCCCCAUGUGCUGUCAACAGACCCAUCGACAUUGUGCAAAAACGCAGGCGUUUCGAUGUCGAGAAUGGGCUGUCAGUGGGCCGCAGUCCUCUGGAAUCUCAGGCCAGUCCAGGCUCUGGCCUUGUGCUGCAGGCCAAUUUCCCUCACAGUCAGCGGCGGGAGUCCUUCCUGUAUCGCUCCGAUUCCGACUUCGACCUUUCACCCAAGGCAAUGUCCCGAAAUUCAUCCACGGCCAGUGAACUACAUGGAGAAGACAUGAUAGUUACACCAUUUGCACAGGUCCUUUCCAGUUUGAGGACUGUGCGGGGCAACUUUGCCAUUUUGACCCAUCAGCAAGACCGUAUGCCAAGCAAGAGGUCCUCUGGAAACAACCCACCAUCCAUGUGCAAGACAAGUGUACCAGAGGAGCCCUUCCAGAAGUUGGCAGUGGAGACACUAGAUGAGUUGGACUGGUGUCUCGAGCAGCUCGAGACUCUGAAGACGCGCCACUCAGUCAGUGAGAUGGCAUCCAACAAGUUCAAAAGGAUGCUGAAUCGAGAGCUAACACAGCUGUCAGAGACAAGCAAGUCAGGAAAUCAGGUCUCAGAGUUCAUCUCCAGCACUUUCUUAGAGAAGCAACAUGAUAUGGAGAUCAUGUCCCCCCAAACCAAGGAGAAGGAGAAAAAGAAUUGGCCCAUGUCUCAGAUAAGUGGAGUGAAGAAACCCACACACAGCUCAAGCCUCGCAGCAUCCAGCAUCCCACGCUUUGGUGUCAGCACUGACCAGGAAGAUCUGCUGGCCAAGGAAUUAGAGGAGUUUGACCGAUGGGGUGUGGAUAUUUUCAAGAUAUCAGAGUAUUCAGGCAACCGACCAUUGACUGUAGCAAUGUACACAAUCUUCCAGGAAAGAGAGCUGCUGAAAUCCUUUAAAAUUCCCAUUGACACAUUCAUCACCUACAUGAUGGCACUAGAAGAAAACUACCACUCCGAUGUUGCAUACCAUAAUAAUAUGCAUGCAGCUGACGUGGUUCAGUCCACUCAUGUACUCCUGUCCACCCCUGCACUGGAGGCUGUAUUCACUGACCUUGAGAUCUUGGCUGCAAUGUUUGCCAGUGCAAUACAUGAUGUGGACCACCCUGGAGUGUCCAAUCAGUUCCUCAUCAACACAAACUCAGAGUUGGCUCUCAUGUACAACGAUUCCUCUGUUCUGGAGAACCACCACCUGGCUGUUGGCUUCAAACUGCUGCAGGAAGAAAAUUGUGACAUUUUCCAGAACUUGACCAAGAAACAGAGACAGUCGCUACGAAAAAUGGUCAUUGACAUGGUCCUAGCCACUGAUAUGUCAAAGCAUAUGAACCUGUUAGCAGAUCUCAAGACCAUGGUAGAGACCAAGAAGGUGACAAGUCUGGGUGUGCUGCUGUUGGACAACUAUUCUGAUCGCAUACAGGUUCUACAGAACAUGGUGCAUUGUGCUGACUUGAGCAACCCAACAAAGCCCCUGGAGCUGUACCAUCAGUGGACAGAUCGCAUCAUGGUGGAGUUUUUUACUCAGGGGGACCGAGAGAGAGACAAGGGCAUGGAGAUCAGCCCCAUGUGUGACAAACACAAUGCUUCCGUUGAGAAAUCACAGGUUGGCUUCAUUGACUACAUUGUGCACCCACUGUGGGAGACCUGGGCAGAUCUGGUUCAUCCUGAUGCCCAGGAGAUUCUUGACACAUUGGAGGACAAUCGUGAGUGGUACCAGAGCAUGAUCCCUCACAGCCCCACCGCCACCCCAGAGGAGAAGAGCAGUGUAGCCAGACUGGGAAUGGUGGGUGGAGGCAUUGCCUCAGCAGGGGAGAAAUUUCAGUUUGAACUAACCUUGGAGGAGGAAAGGGAGUCAGAUGUUGAGAGUCCCGAAGAUGAAGGGUUCAGUGCCACUGCACAAGAUUCCUCCAGGACAGAUCCAUCUUCUGCUUCCUGCACACAGCACUCUAACCUGGCCUCUCGAUCCCCUGGCUGCAGGACAUUGUCUAUUGGGAUGGCUGAGCCGCCGGACAGUAAAGAUGAAGACAGAGAACUUGACCAAGAAGGGAAAAAUGUGUUGUGUUUGAGUCUGGGAACAUAAAACCAUUGCAAUUUUUUAGCUUUAUUUCUUUUGCACCUCUUCUUCAUCACCUCGCUGUCCCUCUCCAUACCAUUCUUAGCUUCCUCUGGCAGAGGCAACGCAGAGCAGGAGAGCAACUGAGGGAUAGGAAAGUGUCCACGGGACAUGUUUUUAUACAGUAGUCACCUUGCACUGGAAAGAGCUCCUACACUACAGUCUGAAAAGACAUGACGUUUUCUUAAAACAUGUUUUUGUAAUUCUCAGUCUGGUGACUUCUGGAUGCUGUCUGGCUUUACCGCCAUGCAGUCUAAACUGCAGCGUAAAACUGCCUGUGUUAUGGACUGAGAGGGAAUAUAUUUAAUAUAAGUGUCUUCCUGUGACAUCUGAGGUUUAAAGUAAUGAACAAUUAUACUUUUGAGAGUUUAUAACAAUUGUCUGAACAUUUUGAUAAACAGAACACUUAUGUGUGUUUUUUUUUUUUUUUUUAUAAGUUAGACAGACGUAUGUGCACUAAAAUGUUUUUUAAAAGAAACACUGUUACCUUAAAGCUGGUCUAUAUACCUAAAGAAAAAACUAACCUUAACAGAACAGCUCAGGAUACAAAUAAAUGAUUGCUUUCAUGUAGCAAAGGCAUUGAGGGUACCUAUAUAGUGACUGCCGUCUUCCUUGGAUUCCUAUGAAAUCUUUAAACUGAAGUCGAGCCAAGAUUGUGAUCUUUUGUAUUUUUAUGUGGCGCCACCUAGUGCUUAAUAGUGGAACUACAGCCACCUUUACAGGAUUAGCCACGCUGCUGAAAACCGUGGCUCUGUAUUAUGUUCCUUUGCACAGAUUAUACUCAAAUCUUUUGACUAUUACAAUUGAAACAGUUUUAACUUAAAAACCUUCUCACCCUUAUUUGUAGGAAUGCAUCUUUAAAUUAAGGCAUUCACAUGGUUUAUAUGCUUCUUGUUUAUUUUAUAUUUUGUUAUUCAGUUUCAACCAAAGCAUGAUUGUAGGCAUUAUGUAAUUGUAGGUUGAAUUCUUUCACGAUUUUCAAACAGCUUGCUUGUGAUAUAGAUAGCACUUUAGAAAUGUUUUCUUCAUUGCCAAACAUUUCUCUAUCAGUAAGGGCUGGAGUCAUUAUUAACUCAGUGCGUAAGACUAGAAUUCACCUCUGUCUGCGGGGUAACCAGCAUGUGUACAUGCCCUGUAAUGUUUGCUGUUUUGUCUGUGGAAGGCUGGGUUCUGAAACCCAUGCUAGCUAUCUGGAAAGUGAUCAUUGUCCUUAAAAGCACAUGUGUACUUUCUCUCUGUUUCUGUGCUGGUCACACUGAAAACAUGAGACACUGAGGUAUAGCAACAUCUUUUCACAUGUGUGAAAACGAGAGCUGUGCCAAUGCAAGAUGCACAGUUCAUGCCUAACCUAAAGUGUUGAACACAAAGCCAAAGUUUGUUUUCUGUGCCAGACCUUUUCUGUUCUUUUGUUUUUUGGUGAUUGAUCAAUGCUCUGCUCUUCACAGGGACACAGCUAAUGACCGUUCAAGUGCCAAGCAAGCAUGAUCCAUGCUGUACUAUAAUUUCCAUUUUGCCACUGGCUAAUUUCCAUCAAUUACAUCUACUAGCUACUGUCAGUAGCAUACCAAUUUGAUAAUUUUGUUUCUUUCUUUCUUCAAAAUUUUUAAUUUUGUAGAGCUGAAACACUCAAUUUAAGAUUGUUAACAACAGGUUUCAAAAGUCUUUCUGACUCUGUAAAAUGUGCUUAUUGUUACAGAUAUUUGUGUCUCCAUUUUAUACUAUGGUAUGAAUUUUAAUAUUGGAUACAGCAGAUCUUUAUAUUUCUCUUAAAUAUAAGUGGAUUACAGUAAAUGGGACUUUUAAUUGUUAGCUUUAUUUUCAUCUUACUGUCAGUUUGUACGUUACACAACUUGUGACCAUUAAAGGUUUUCACUAACUAUACACAUGACACAACCCUGUUUUGGUCUUUUCUGUUGCAGAUCUGACAAUCCCAACUGUAUUGUUCACCAUUACUACGCUGUUACUAAUGUUGCUGUGAUUGUUUCCCUGUUCCCAAU